AUGACUUGUUUGCAGCCUCCGUGGUUCUCUUCAUUGUCCCCCGCAAAACUCGCAGGCCCACCUUCAGCCACGUUUAAGCCCGUCAAGCAGCUGUGUUGGGCCGCGGGCCCUGAAAAUGCUGAAUCCUCUGAAUCCGCACCCGAAGCCGGAACGGGCCCCAUUGAUCCGGUGAAGCUCGCGUUUAACAAGGCCAAAGCUUAUAAAAAGUCCAUAGAAACGAACUCUGAUUUGGGAGCUGCACAAGGCGUUGAUGAUGAAGAUUCAGUUAAAAAAGGAAACAUUGGUGAUGAAGACCAGAAGGAUUUGCCAGAUUCCGUGAAGAUUGCGAUGGAGAAGGCAAAAAAGUACAAGCAGAACAAAGGCGUUUCUGUUAGUGAAACAACACAAGGAUCUUUGGGAGGGAGUGAGAGGAGUUCAGGAAAAAAUGUUAUGGACAACACGGUUGGUAAGAAGGGAGGAGAACUUUCAGUUUCAAGGAUGGAUUUUGUGGGGCUUGACUUUUCAGAUAAGAAGAUGACUAGGGGAUUGCCACCUGGGUUGGUUCCUAUUUCGGAUCCCUUCUUUGAUGAUGACUUGCCUGAGGUGGAGCUUAUUGUUGGAGACACAAGCAAGUUUGAUGAUGCAACCGCUCCAAAACUUGAACAGACCAAGGAAGACGAGGCCGAACUUUACAAGCCAAAAGUUUCUACCUGGGGUGUCUUUCCUAGACCUGCCAAUAUUUCAAAAACAUUUGGUGGUGGGAGAGUUAUACGUCCAGGAGAGGUUUUAGAGACUGAAGAAGAAAAGGCUGUUAAAGAAGCACACACAAAGCAGCUACUUGCUGCCUAUAAAAAGAAAAUUGGAAUGAACAUUGAUCCAAAGCUAAAAUCUGAGUGUGAGGAGGCAUUGAAGGAUGGUGACUUGUUAAUGAAUGAGGGAAAGCUGAAGGAAGCCUUGUCCUACUAUGAGAAGGUCAUGGAUAAAAUAACCUUCCAGAGUGAGCUCCAUGGAUUAGCUGCCUUGCAGUGGUCGAUUUGUCAAGACUCCCUCAGUAGUUCCGAUGAGGCUCGAAGUAUGUACGAGAAGCUUCUAUCUCACCCAAAUCCUAAAGUAAGCAAGAAAGCAAGACAGUUCAUGUACAGCUUUCAGGCUAUGGAAAUGAUGAAGAUGACAACAGGAUCUCCAUUUUAUUUAAAGAACACAGGCUACCAGAAUUACUUUGAUGCAUUUGUAGAAAAAAAAUCCAACUACACCCCAGAAGAUGGCCUGGUUCAAGAAAAUGCAAUGAAUCAGGUUUUGCCGCAGAGAAUUCUUUUGCCAGCGUAUUAUUUUUCUCAAAGGAAAAAUGGCAGAGAAAAAGCUAAAGAUAAAACACUUACAUGUGUGUAG